CAUGUCUUACUCCCUGAGUGUAGAUGCACUCCAUCCACAACCUGCCGUCCAGGAGCGCCCGAGAGGAGCCGAAGGAAGAUGGCGUGGAGGACAUGACCCAGCUGCAGGACCUCCAGGAGGGCGCAGUGCUGCAGAACAUCAAGACGAGGUUUGACCGCGAGUUAAUCUAUACCUACAUAGGCAGCAUCUUAGUGUCCGUGAACCCCUACAAAAUGUACAACAUCUACGGGACGGAGCAGGUGCUGCAGUAUGAAGGAAGGGCCCUGGGAGAGAAUCCCCCGCACCUUUUUGCUAUUGCAAACGUCGCCUAUACCAAAAUGAUGGAUGCCAAACACAACCAGUGUAUUAUCAUCAGUGGCGAAAGUGGUUCUGGCAAAACGGAAGCCACCAAGCUGGUCCUGCGUUACCUCACAGCAGUCAAUCAGAAACGCAAUGUGAUGCAGCAGAUAGAGAUCCUCGAAGCGACCCCCCUGCUGGAAUCCUUCGGAAAUGCCAAAACAGUGAGGAACGACAACUCCAGCAGGUUUGGGAAAUUUGUGGAAAUCUUUCUGGAGGAAGGCUUGAUCUGUGGUGCCAUAACCUCACAGUACCUUCUUGAGAAAUCAAGGAUCGUGUUUCAGGCCAAAAACGAAAGGAACUAUCACAUAUUCUAUGAGAUGCUGGCUGGCCUUCCUGCUCAGCAGAAGCAGCAAUUCUGCCUUCAAGAUGCAGAAACUUACUAUUACCUGAACCAGGGGGGUAACUGCGAGAUUCCUGGCAAGAGUGAUGCUGAGGAUUUCCGGAGGUUGCUCAGCGCCAUGGAGAUCCUGAACUUCAGCACCGAAGACCAAAACAGCAUCUUCCGAAUUCUGUCUUCCAUCCUCCACCUGGGGAACGUCUACUUUGAAAAAUAUGAGACAGACUGCCAGGAGGUUGCGUCGGUGGUGAGUGCGAGAGAGAUCCGUGCGGUAGCCGAGCUGCUCCAGAUCUCCCCAGAGGGGCUGCAGAAGGCCAUCACGUUCAAAGUGACGGAAACGCUGAGGGAGAAGAUUUUCACCCCCCUCACUGUGGAAAGUGCCGUUGAUGCCAGAGAUGCCAUUGCCAAGAUCCUGUACUCCCUGCUCUUCAGCUGGCUCACGGACAGGAUCAACAAACUGGUCUACCCUAAAAAGGAGGCUCUUUCCAUAGCCAUUCUGGAUAUCUAUGGGUUCGAGGACCUCGGCUUUAACAGCUUCGAGCAGCUAUGUAUCAAUUAUGCAAACGAAUAUCUGCAAUUCUUCUUCAACAAGAUCAUCUUUAAGGAGGAGCAGGAGGAGUACAUCCGGGAACAGAUAGAGUGGAAAGAAAUCACCUUCAGCGACAACCAGCCCUGCAUCGAUCUCAUUGCUCAAAAGCCACACGGGAUUCUGAGGAUCCUGGAUGAUCAGAGCUCCUUCCCUCAGGCCACAGACCAUACCUUCCUCCAGAAGUGUCAUUACCACCAUGGCUCCAAUGCAUUGUACACCAAACCAAAGAUGCCUCUCCCAGAGUUCACCAUCAAACACUAUGCUGGCAAAGUAACCUACCAGGUGCACAAGUUCCUGGAUAAAAACUAUGAUCAAGUUCGCCAGGACGUUCUGGACCUUUUUGUCAACAGCAAAACCAAAGUGGUGGCCAACCUCUUCUUUGGCCAUGCCCAGUUGGUGGCCCAGCAGAGGACCAUGAUGGGGAAGAACAGCACAGUCACCCGGCGGUAUAAAGCACCGACGGUGGCAGCUAAGUUCCAGCAGUCACUCCUGGACUUGGUGGAGAAGAUGGAGAGGUGCAACCCGUUCUUCGUCCGCUGCCUCAAACCCAACAACAAGAAGGAGCCAGCUGUCUUCGAGGAGGACAUUGUCAGCAGCCAGCUCCGGUACUCUGGAAUCCUCGAGACCAUCCGCAUCCGCAAAGAGGGCUUCCCGGUUCGCAUCCCCUUCCAGAUCUUCAUCGACAGGUACAGGUGCCUUGUAGAUAUCCGGCCUGGCCUCACCCCAGAUGGUGCGAGCUGCGUGGAGGUGCUGAAGAAGCUGUGUGCCGUGAGUCCCACCACGUACUGCAUUGGAGUCAGCAAGCUGUUCAUGAAGGAGCACCUGUACCAGCUGCUGGAGAGCAAGCGGGACCGUGCCCUGCACCGGGCAGCGCUCACCCUGCAGCGCUACGCCCGCGCCUUCUUCAUCAAGAAACGCUUCCGCUCGCUGCGCCGCAAGAUCAUCCUCCUCCAAAGCCAGUCCCGGGGCUACCUGGCCAGGCAGAGGUACAAGCGGCUGAGGAAGAGUCUGAUCAGGUUCAGGUCCCUGGUGCACAUGUAUGUGAAUCGCAGGAGGUACCUCAAGAGGAAGGAGGAGGCUCGCAGGCGGGCGGAGGAAGAGAAGAAAAAGGCUGAGCAGGAGCUGACCAAGAGGGAGGUGGUGGAUGUAACGCACCUGGAAGUCCCCGCUGAGCUGGCGGGGCUGCUGGAGCUGGCAGCAGCUCACAAGCCGGUGAAUGCUCAGUGCGUCGUUCCAGUCCCUGCGCCCACACUGCAAACGGACUCCCAGCUCACCCUGCCACUCGACAUCAACACCUACCCCAUGGCCAAGUACGUGCGGGUCCACUUCCAGGAGCCGUCGUUCGGGAUGCUCACCGUGCCACUGGCGUCCCCGCUGACCCAGCUGGAGGAGGAGCUGGUGCCGGAAGCGCUCAGUCUGUUCAAGCUGAUUCUGCGCUUCAUGGGUGACCCGCACCUCGGGGGCACCCCGGAGAACCUGUUUGGGAACUACAUCGUGCAGAAGGGGCUCUCGGCGCCGGGCCUGCGGGACGAGAUCCUGGCUCAGAUCGCCAACCAGGUGUGGCGCAACACCAACGUCAACAACGAGGAGCGAGGCUGGCUCCUCCUGGCCGCCUGCCUCAGCGGCUUUGCCCCCUCCGCCGGCCUGGAGAAACACCUGCUCAAGUUUGUUUCCGACUACGCCUUUGAUGGCUACAAGCCGGUGUGCCAGCACAAGCUGAUGCAGGCCAUGCUGCGGUCCCAGCUUGGCCCCGAGACGGCCCGGGCCUACCCGCCGUCGCUGCUCGAGUGGACGGCCAACAGGCAGAGAGCAAGCAUGGCCUUGGACGUCUACUGCUUCAACGGUGACCGCUCCUCCUGCCCCAUCCAUUCCUGGAGCACAGGGGAGGAGCUGGCAGGGGACGUGCUGAAGCACAGGGGGCUGACGGACGGCUGGAGGGGCUGGGCCAUCUCCAUGAAGGAUGGCGCCCAGUGGGCCGAGCUGGCUGGCCACGAUUACAUCCUGGACCUCGUUUCCGACCUGGAGCUGCCCAGGGGCUUCCCCAAGCAGAAAUCUUAUUUCAUCGUCGCUUCAGAGGGGGCGGACAAGGGCAGCGGUGCCACCAGUGCCGUAUUCGGACAGGGCUUGGAUUCGGACCAGGAAGUCCCUCCUCCCCCAUUCACAAAGGCCCCCACUGUGCCGCCUCCAAACACCCCUGACUCAGAUGGAUAUUACAGUCGUGCAGAUUCCGACACCGCCAGCGAAGCUCGAACGCACAAGGGGUUGGAUCGUUACCUGGACAGUCUGUUCGACCCGGUCCUGUCCUAUGGGAAUGGGGACUUGGAGAAGCCGGCUGCUGUCUCCCGGAAGAUGAAAGGAGGAGGCCGGGUAGGAGGUGGGGGCAGCAAUGUGGACCAAGGCAGUGCCAGAGCACCCAUGGAGAUGACCCAGCAGACUGGUUUGCAGGAUCCCAGCCUGGUGCUGCAGCGCGACCCCAUCAAGCAGCAGGCCCUGCUCCGGGCUCGUCAGAUCACCAGGCAGGCGACAGCUCUGCAGCAGCAGCAGGCGGACGGCACAGCCUCUCCCAGUGCCUCCCAGGCCACCAGCCCCAGACCUGCCGACGGAGCCCCCAGCACAGUCCAGAGCGUGCCCGGCACAGCACUGCCGCUGCAGAGGACGGCUGUGAGUGGGACACCAGCCAGGACGGCGGCCCUCUUGCAGAAAGCCGCUCCUGCCUCCAGGCUGCGGGCUGGUGAGCUGGUGCGGCCGGCCAAGCUGAGCUCGCAGCACUUCCCCGAGCCCACCCAGCACAUCAAGAACAUCAUUAAGCAGUGCCAGCGGCCCGCCAGGCUCCCCGAGCCCAUCAGGAAGGAAGGUGGGAAGGUCUUUGUGAAGAAGAUGGAUCCCCAUGAGGAGGCUAUGAUGAUCUUAAAGGGGCAGAUGUCAGUGGCGCCGGCCCCCCCAACAGCCGCUCCGGUGGCCAAGGAAGCAAUAGCCAUGGUGAAGCCUGUUACCAGCACCAAGAGGCCUUCGCCGCCAUCACCAGCCGCCGUUCCCUCACCGGCUGCCAUGGCCAGGUCUUCUCCAGUGUCGCCUCCAGUCCCAGUCUCCCGGGAGCUCCCGGCCGAGCACGAGCAGGUCCAGACGCAGCUGCACCGGUGCUGCAGCGAGGAGUUCUACGCCUACCGCAACGUGUCCUGGAAGAUAUACAUCAGGAAAGAGGUGUUCUAUCCUAAGGAUAACUUCAACAACCCUUUCUUGCUGGAUCUCAUUUUCAGACAGAUCUUCCACGACACGCUCUCCGACGCCUGCCUCAGGAUCACCCCGGAGGAGCGGCUGCGCAUGAGAUCCCUCUUCGCGGAAAACAAGCUGGACUCAUUCAGCCCAGUGGCCGACGACAGCGUUAAGAAGGAGAUUGUGACUGCAGCCCGGGACGGCUGGGAGGUUUACUUCUCCCGCCUCUUCCCCGCCACGGGCAGCGUUGGCACCGGGGUGCAGAUCCUGGCAGUGUCUCACACGGGGAUUAAACUGCUGCGGCUGGUCAAGGGCACCAACAUGCCAGGGGAGCAGCUACGGGUGCUGCGGGGCUACAGCUACACCGAUAUCCUGUUCGUGACCAUCCCCUCCAAGCACAUGCUGGAGUUCAACCUGACCAACGAGAAGCUCAUCCUCUUCUCCCCCAAAGCCCCCCAGGUGAAGGCCAUGAUCGACUAUUUCAUCACGGAGCUCAAGAAGGACUCGCAGUACGUGGUUGCCGUGAAGAGCUACGUUACAGACGACAGGAGCCUGCUGAGCUUCCACAAGGGGGACAUCAUCCACCUGCAGCCGCUGGAGCAGCCCGAAAGAGACCACUGGCACGGAUGUGUGGUCCGCAAGAAGGUGACGUACCUGGAGGAGCUGAAGAGGGGCACCCAGGACUUUGGGUGGAAAUUCGGUGCCAUCCACGGGAGGUCGGGGCGCUUCCCUGCCGAGUACGUCCAGCCUGUGGCAGCCCCAGAUUUUAUCCACCUGCCAGCGGACAGGAAAGAGGAGCCCAAGAACAAGCAGGGCAAGGUGGCGGCCUCGGCGGCCGUGGCAGUGGCCGUGGCCUCCACGGCCGUGGCUCAGGAGCUGGACAGGAAGAUCGAGGUGUCCCCCGCGGGCAGCGACUAUGCGGAGAGCGUGAAGGAGUAUGGCGGCGAGCUUCCUGGGGACGGUGCCCUGCAGGGCAGGCAGUUCCCCAUGCAGGAGUUUGCCAAGAAGUAUUUCCGGGAGGCGCAGAGGACGAAGACGGAUUCCUGCAAGCAGAAAUCCCGGAAAGGGAAGGACUCGCCGGACGUAGCAGAGAUGCUGAAAUUCACCAAGUGCCCGCUCCAGGAGUCGCUGAUCGAAUUCACCGACAGCUGCCUGAACAGAGCCGCAGCCGAGGCCUUCCAAGCCGUGAUGAAGUUCAUGGGCGACUGGCCUCUCAAGGGGCAGACGGAGCUGGACGUCGUCUGUGCUGUGCUCAAGCUGUGCGCUGACCAGGAGGUCAUGAGGGACGAAGUGUAUUGCCAGAUCGUCAAGCAGACCACAGACAACACCAGCCCCAAGAUGGACAGCUGUCAGAAGGGAUGGCGGCUGCUCUAUAUCCUGACCGCCUACUACAAGUGCUCCGCGGUCCUGAAGCCCUACCUGCUGUGGCACCUCCAGGAGACCUGCAGGAGCCCUGGGGCGCAGUUCCAAGGGAUCGCCAAGACCUGCGAGCAGAACCUCAGGAAGACCUUCCAGUUUGGCGGCCGGCGCGAAUUUCCCAGCAGCCUGGAGCUCAAAGCCAUGGUGGCCGGCCGGAGCGCGAAACGCCAGCUGUUUCUCCUGCCGGGAGGGAUCGAGAGGCACCUGAAGAUCAAAACGUGCUCGGUUGCGCUGGACGUGAUCGAGGAGAUGUGCGAUGAAAUGGGGCUGCAUCGGCCCGAGGCCUUUGACGAAUAUGUCAUCUUUGCCGUUACCAACGGAGGUCAGAACGUCCGCCCCUUGAGCAGACGGGAGUAUAUCCUUGAUGUGGCCACGGAGCUGGAGCAAGUGGACAACAGCUACAUGUUCUGGUACCGGCGCGUCACCUGGACCCAGCCGCUGAAAUUUGACAAUGAGCUGUAUGUCACCAUGCACUAUAACCAGGUCCUGCCCGAUUAUCUCAAGGGGCUUUUCAACAUCCUACCUCCCCUGCAACCCAGCGAACAGCAGUGCCAGCAGGUCUCCAAACUUGCAGCCCUCCAGCACCGGGCCAAGGACAGCAUGUACCUGCCCACCGUCCGCGAGGUGCAGGGUUACGUCCCGCCCCAGUUUUGCCAAGCGCUGAAGGCUCAGUCGUGGCUCAACGCGGUGCUGCAGCAUAUGCCGCAGGUCCAGGCCCUGAGCGCCCACCAGGCCAGAGCUCAGUUCCUAGGGCUCCUGAGCGCCUUCCCCAUGUUCGGCUCUUCCUUCUUCUACAUCCAGAGCUGCAGUAACAACGCCAUCGUCUCGCCGUGCAUCCUGGCUGUCAGCCAGAACGGCCUCCACUUCCUCCACAAGGACACCCACGAGCUGAUUGCGAAGUUCUCGCUGAAGGAGAUUCAGUCCACGAGGACCCAGCGGUCCACAGCCGGCUCCAGCUACCCCUAUGUGGAGAUCAUGCUGGGAGACUUGAUGUCACAGAGGCUGACGCAGCUGCACCUGGAGCAGGGCCUAGAGUUGUGCCGCGUGAUCGCCACCCACAUGGAAAGUCUGUUGUACGCUCGCGAGAAGAGACUCACCCUCCCUCCCAGUGAGAUUACGCUGCUCUGAUCAGGCAUGUUACACACUCGCACGCUCCCUCCCUUGAGUGAAAGCCAGCAUGGAGAUAAGCAAAUAUCUCCGUGUCCUGGGAGAGGCAACGUAGACUAAAUAUAGACACCGAUGGGACAGAUUCCCAGCUGGUUCGAGUCAGCAUAGCCCCACUGAUUUCAGCGGCUGGGGCUGACGGACAUCUGCUGAGGGGCUGGGGUGGGGGCUUUACAGACCAUAUGUGAGGUCUGAGGCGUGAAGAGUGUGGGGAAUGCAGUCCGGCCAGUUAACAGGUGAACACAGAUGCCUUAAUUUAUAUUUAAUAACUGCCCUCCCGGACAUAGGGCGUGACCUUU